AUGGGUAGACCUAGCAAACGCGCUGCUCAUAUGAGACAGCACCGUUUAAAUGAGACAAACGAAGAAAGGGAGAAACGUCUAUCUCAAAAGAGGAAAUCUACCUCAAUUGACAUUUCAAAAGAGACUUGUGAAGAGCGCAAAAAUAGGCUUUCAAUAAUGCGGGCUUACAUGAAAAAAGUUUUGUACAGGGAAAAUAUCGAAAAACGUACUCUCCGUCUCGGCCUGAUCCACGAUCGCCUAUCGAAUGAGACGGAAGAACAACGUGCCCACCGCCUCGGCGUGAUCCACAAUCGUCUAUUGAAUGAGACGCAAGAGCAAUGUGCCCACCGCCUUGGCAUGAUCCACGAUCGUCUAUCAAAUCAGACGCAAGAGCAACGUGCUCACCGCCUUAGCAUGAUCCACGAUCGUCUAUCGAACGAGACGCAAGAGCAACGUGCCCACCGCCUUGGCAUGAUCCACGAUCGUCUAUCGAAUGAGACGCAAGAGCAACGUGCUCACCGCCUUAGCAUGAUCCACGAUCGUCUAUCGAACGAGACGCAAGAGCAACGUGCCCACCGCCUUGGCAUGAUCCACGAUCGUCUAUCGAAUGAGACGCAAGAGCAACGUGCUCACCGCCUUAGCAUGAUCCACGAUCGUCUAUCGAACGAGACGGAAGAGCAACGUGCUCACCGCCUCGGUGUGAUCCACGAUCGUCUAUCGAACGAGACGGAAGAGCAACGUGCUCACCGCCUCGGUGUGAUCCACGAUCGUCUGUCGAACGAGACGGAAGAGCAACGUGCUCACCGCCUCGGUGUGAUCCACGAUCGUCUAUCGAAUGAGACGGAAGCGCAACGUGCCCACCGCCUCGGCGUCAUCCACGAUCGUCUAUCGAACGAGACAGAAGAGCAACGUGCUCACCGCCUCGGUGUGAUCCACGAUCGUCUAUCGAAUGAGACGGAAGAGCAACGUGCCCACCGACUCGGAUUGAUUCGCGAUCGCUUAUUAAACGAAACACCUGAAACUCGUUCAGAUCGACUUAGUAGAAUGCAACAAGCUAAUCAAGCUUGUAGGGACAUCACAAAUCAACAAUCUUUUGAAGCGGCUAUUAAUAUUUUUGCUGAUGUACCAUGCGCCGUUUGUAAAAGAAGCCUUUAUCCUAAACAGCGUUCCAAUUUACGAGCAAAUAUGUAUAGUAUACUAUUACCUGAAGAACUGGUUGCUUUAGGUACAAUAACUACGUGCUCUCGAUGUAGCAAUAAUAUUAGGAAAAGAAAAAUUCCAACAACUGCAUAUUGGAAUAAAAUGAUGCCCGCAGAAGUACCGCCUGAAUUAGUCAAUUUGACGAGCGUUGAAGAACGAUUUUUAAGCCGCAUCGUACCGUUUUUAAAGAUUGUAAAACUUAAUAACCGGUUCAGUCAAAAUUGGUGUAAAGGGCAGGUCAUUCUAUUUGCAAAGGAUGUUGUGGAAAUUGCUGAACAGUUACCACUGACACCAAAUCAAGCUGGUUUAGUUUUGGUAGUGGAAAGUCUCGAGAACCUUUCAUGUUCUAAAGAAUUCGUCGUGGAUAUGCAAAGACUGAAUCGAGCAUUUACUUGGUUAAUUUCCAAUAACCAUCUUUACAGCGAUGUUCAGGUACAUUUUGAAACUACUUUAAAUAUUCCUCAUAUAUUACAAAUAGCUGAAAAUUCUAUUCCUGAACAGGAUGGCGUUGCUUCUGAAACUUUAUCACAACAUUAUAUCACUUUAAAUGACAACAAGGCAAUAUUACGCGGAUCAUUUAAUCAAGGUGAUUUACGAUUUAAUUUAUCUCGGGGUAAGCAAUGUACUGGGAUAGCGGCUGUUGCUUGUGCAGCAUUUAGUGUAUUAGAUCCAAACAAGUGGGCCAAAAGUGAUAUUGAUUACAUUGUAAUUAUUGGCGAUAAAUACUAUAAUGACUGCAUCGCUGCUAGAGAUAAUCCUGCGCCCGGCGAAGUAAAUCCUGAGUACCUUGCUGUUUCAGAUCUUAGUCCAAGACUUAUAUAUAAUAGACAAAAUUUAGUGAUCACAGUACUUGAGGAAACCAAUCAUAAUGGCCACAUAGACAAUGAUAAUACUUCCGAUGGAUUUCCUAAUUUAAAAAAUGCAUUAUUAAGUUUUUUCAGAGAACACUCCAAUGGGAUACUUACAGCAAACGCCAUAUCGAUAGCAGUGCAUUGCAGAACUUUAGGUGACAAUCAAACUUACUUUUUGUUUGAUUCCCAUGCAAGGGGUCCCAAGGGGGCUUCCGCUCCCAUAAAUGGUACCGCUUGUUGCAUGCGAUUUAGUGAACUGGAUGAUUUGCAUGCUAUUAUACGCCAAUAUUGGAACAAUCGUCAAGGUUAG